GUGUGGGAUUGCUGCGGGGAAAUUUUGGAUUCCAUUUGACUUUAUUUGCCUUUUAUUCAUUCUUGUAAUAUACAUUAUAUACAUACAUAUAGAAAGAAAGUAAAGGUGCAGAAGACCAUUAAAAGAAAGUGAUGUCGAGCAGCGGGCUGGCUAUCAGCGUCCCAAACACUGAAGAAAACGCUGUUUUUGCUCAGCUCAAACCUGUGGCCAUGGCCGACGGCGCCUCAGAGGAGCAGCCGGUGUUUGAAGACAUCAAACCGCCAGCCAGGAUGCUGGAGACCCAGCACGAAUUGUCUCAGGCCAAUAUAUUUCUAGGAGAAGAUACUGUUAAAUCAUCAGGUUUACUGAAAUCACAUUUAUUGCAACUGCUGCAAACAAGUACAUCAUCUCCAAGUCAAGUAAAGUCAGAAAUGGACAAGUAUCUGGCCCCGCUAAUUCCACCAGCUCCAACAAUUUUGGACCAGAAGAAGUACCGAAGAGAGAGUGCCUCAGUAGUAGAUGAGUUUUUUGAGGAACAGAUUACAUCACCAUACAGCCUGAAUAUCAACCUGAUUCUGCCUGAUAUCACACACCUGAGAACAGGCCUUUACAGAUCUACAAAACCAGCCCUCCCACAAGUAAAGACAGAGCAAGUCACUAACUUUACCCAGUCAUGCACGUCCACCACGACGAAUGCCCUACCUGAAUUCACCAGUGUGUUCAGUGUGCCACAGUCAGUUCCUGUGAAUAAUAUCUUCAUCAAGCAAGAAGCCCCUUCCCCAGAACUACAGCUCCCUGUCAGUUCACAUCAACCCCAGAUGUACCAAAUGCCAAUGAACACAGAUGUUGUCAAUAUGCCUUUGAGCUCUACCCAGUCACUUGGCAACACUACAGUUAUUCAUAGUCGUAACAGUGUUACCAUGUCAACAGGCAUGGGGAGACCAAACAAUAUGUGUUCCCAGUCUUCAAUUAAACAUUUUCAACCUGUUGUAUCCACACCAAAUGGCUAUGUUGUGCCAGCCCAAUUUUAUCAGCAGCAGACUUCAUACUUGCCACCCUCGCCACCAAAUUCCCAACCUGGCAGCCCAGAAAACCAGCCUGAUCUUAUCAAUACACUCUCACCACCUCCAUCAUAUGCUGCAUCAGUGGCAUCAAAGAUAGUUCAUCAUUCACAGAUUCAUAAUCUUCCAAACACUUUGCAGACCUGUCAACCUAACUUCCAGCCUACAAAAUAUAGUCGACGUAACAACCCUGAGUUGGAGAAACGACGCAUUCAUCACUGUGAUUUUCCAGGCUGCGCUAAAGUUUACACCAAGAGUUCUCAUUUGAAAGCCCAUCAAAGGACCCACACAGGUGAGAAACCGUACAAGUGUACAUGGGAUGGUUGUGAUUGGCGUUUUGCCCGUUCUGAUGAACUUACAAGACACUACAGAAAGCACACGGGAGCUAAACCUUUCAAGUGCAUUGCCUGCGGUCGUUGCUUUUCACGUUCAGAUCAUUUGGCUCUUCACAUGAAGAGACACCAGAACUAGACGAAGUGAGACAAGUGUGACUGACUGAUUUCUAAAAUGUACAGAUGAACAAAGUACUGCCAUUUCACACAUGCAUAUACAGGAGAUAAAUAGCUGCAUAUAUUUGAAAGGAUAUAUUGUCGGUAGUAAAAAGAUGUUUAACUGGAAAACAAUAAUGCAAAGCAUUCAAUUCAUACAAAAAAAUUGUAUUAUUUAUUUUGUAUUUCUUGAAAACAAGCCUAAAUGUUUUAGAAAACAUGAACGUGUUGGGGAACGGCAAUAAAUUUCUAUUCAACAUAUGAAUAAAAUUAAUUUGGAAUGUGAACUUGGAAUUUAAUUAGCUGAUAGUCAUGAUUAACUAGCCAGAUAAUUAAGGGAUGGGAUGGCACCCAAUGCAAGUACAGCCUGGAAAUGACUGAAAGCGGUGUUAUCAUACAACUAACACAAUCUGAUCUGAGCAUUCCCUCCACAUUGUAUUAACAGAAGAGAUAACUUGUAUUUUUUUUAAUAAACUGGCAUUCAUUGAAGGGAGGAAUUUAAUGAGGAGGGUACAGAAAAGCUUCAGGUUGAUUUGAACAGGUUGAGGGAGUGGGCAGACAUAUGGCAAAUGUAGUAUAAUGUGGAUAACUGUGAGGUUAUCCAAUUUGGUGGCAAUAAUGCAAAAGCAGAUUAUGCGAAUAACAAUAGGUUGGGAAAGGAGGAACUGUAAUGAGAUCUGACUGUCCUUGUGCUCCAGAUGUUGAAGUAAGCAUGCAGGUGCAGCAGACAAUUAAGAAGACAAAUUGUAUACUGGCCUUCACAACAAGAGGAUUCAAGCAUAGAAGCAGUGACAUCCUGCUGUAAUUGUACAGGGCAUUGCUAAGGCCACACUCUGAGCAGUAUGUGCAGUUUUAAUUUCCUUAUCUGAGGAAGGAUGCUCUUGCUAUGCAGGGAGUUAAGUGAAGGUUUACCAGGCUGAUUCCUCGGAUGGCAGGACUGACAUAUGAAGAUGAUUAGGUGAAUUAGACUUAUAUUCACCAGAGUUUAGAAGAAUGAGAGGGUAACUCAUAGAAACCUGCAAAAUUCUAAAUGCAGGACAGAUGCUCCCAAUAGUGGGGUGUCCAAGACCAAGGGUUACAAUCUAAGGAUAAGAGGAAAGCCAUUUAGGACUGAGAUAAGAAAUUUCUUCUCCCAGAGAGUUCUGACCAUGUGAAAUUCUCUGCCACAGAAAGCAAUUGAAGUCAAAAUAUUGUAUUUAUUCAAUAAGGAGUGAGAUAUUGUUCUUUGGGCAAGAAAUAUGGAAAGAUAGCUGGAACAGGGUACUGAUUUUGGUUGAUUAGCUAUGAUCAUAUUGAAUGGUAGAGCAGGCUUGAAGAGUGGAAUGUCCUACUCAUUCUCCUUUCUUUGUUUCUAAUACGAACAUGUUAAGAAGUUUGGACAGUCAUUUGCCUCUCCCUGUGGGAAUGGCCUUUCCUAAAGGGAGUACUGCAGGGAGCACAGGAUUACUGAAUUUCCCCUUAACAGUUCAUAAAUUUAGUGUGUACACAUUAAACUUUCAUGCAGUGGCAUCAUUCACAGUCAUUUCUUAGCUUAUUUUGGCAGAACAAUAUUUUAAAGACAUCUGGGAAGAUAGAUAGAAUCAGAUGCCAUUAAUAAACUCAAAAGUAAGGCACUUCAUUUUAGAUUACAGCAUUGCUAACACAGACAUGGUAAGCCUGAAACUAAUGUACAACAGGCUGAUUCAGAAAAGGUUCUCUUUUCAACUCUGAAUUCUAUGAAGAGAUUUGAACAGCAGUGCACAUUCCAGGCUUUACAGCACAUCUAACUCUUAAUUCCAUGCUUAUAUUUUAGAAAGAAAACUUAAUGAGUUUCUUUAGCAAUGGUUAUUGUGAGCAAUUAUGCUAAAAGUUGAGAAAGAUGUCGAAUGCACAGUUUGCAACUUAACUCCUGGAUUAAUUCACACUAAAUAUUAGCUCUAUAUUUUGUGCCAAGACUCCUGCUUAAAGUAUGGUGUUAUUCUAUUAUUAUGUUGGUGUAUAUGAACUGCUGAAUAUUGACUGCAUUGACAAGGGGCAUUUGAAUAUAGACAAUUUGCCUUAAAUAUACGUGUCAUGUACUGAACACUGUGGGGUAGAUAAUUUUUAGAAAGCAUUGGAUAUAAUGCACGAUAGAAAUUUCUUUUGUUAUAACUACUGACGGCCAUUGGCUAAUAAAGCUAUUGUAACCCCAUGAACUGAAACACCAUGUGGGUUUUGCAUCCGACUAUUGCCAAAGCUGGCUAUUCUUAAUAUUAUUAAAGACUUUAAAUCAUUUUUAUAUCCUUAUUUUAAGGAUGAUUUGACCCCUUUAAAUUUCUCUGCUGUUUUAAAUAUCAAUUAGUCAGCUUCCAAUUUGCUCUUUUAAAGUUUCAACAUGAGACUGAACUGAUGAUCAUCUUGAUUAAUAAAUUUAAUCACUAACAAAAUUUAUGUGUAUGCCCCUCAGGUAAUCUCUGCAUUACUUUAAUCAGGUUUAAUGGAUGGUCAUACAUACAUCAUUUAUGUCCUCAUGGCCAUAUAUCCUAAUAUGUUUCAGCACUUCAUUUAAGGAAAAUAAUUAUAAGAUUAAUGGAAAAUAUUAGAAAUUAUAUGCUAUAUGGAAAUUUAAUGAAUUGCAACAAAUAAGUAAAUUGAAAAUAAAUUAAUGAUGUGCUUCUAUCACAGUGUACUUUUUAAAAAAAGCACACACACUGUAGAUCAUAUUUGUAAAUGUAAAUGUGUAACAUAUUGCAGUUAUCAAAGUUUCUGAAAAUGAAAAGAGUUGAGAUGAGAUUCUACAUCAGAAUCAAAAUAAAGGGAUUUUGCACUUCUUGGGGAGUGAGAGCAAAAAGACCUGUCUUCACUAGUCUUUUCCCUCCCCCAAUCCCAAAUGGACCCAUAAUAUAGGAAAUUGGUUCAGAAGCAGCAAAUUAGCUGCUUUUGGCUUGGACAUGAAAAAUUACCACUUGGACAAGGUAUCUAAGGGCUACUGCCAAGUAAGGGACUCUAUCCCAGUGCAAGAUAAGACUUUCAAGACAGGAAAUGAGAGAACUAGAGAUGAAACAAGUAUCAAUUUCAGCCAACAAUAACGUUUACAAAUUCUAUGAAGAGAAUUUUACUAAUUUGGAUGAAUCAACUUGCAGAGAAGGUGAUUCAGUUGAGAAAUAGAUCACAACGUCAGUAACAACAGCAACUUUUAUUGAAUUGUUGACAUGUUGGACUGCUGUCAAUUAAGGUGAUUAGCAUGGAGAAGCUGGACUAACACUGUGAGGGAGAAAAGAGCAAAAAAUUUCCUAACCCACCUGAAAGAUUGCAAAAAAUGACAUUUGGGGACACUUAAUUGGAUACACAUUCAUUCUGAUGUUACACAGGGAGAAUGCAGCAUAAUUAUUACUGCUUCGAGUUGUGUACCGUUGGAUGAAAAGUUUACACACACUUGUGGAACAGCGUUUAUAAUAUGUUUUUUAUCAAGUACCCAAAGAAACAAUGGCAUGUAAAUAUUGGGAUAUCUUGCAUUGUAUAUAAUUUUUUAUAAGUUGCUAAAGUAAUGUUUAUAUUCAGAACAAAGGGGAAGAAAAUGGUGGUAGUUUGACUUUGUUAUCACUUAUUUUUAUAAUGUAGCAUUUCACAACUUUGAAGACAAAAUCAAAAUAAUUAAUGUUUUGAAAUAAAUCUUCUGAUAUACAGUGAUUUUGGAUUUUUUUUAAAAACUAUAUUGUAUAAUAUGAGAAAAGGAACAAAAUAAAAACUGUUUAUAGUUUAAACCUUAA